AUGCCGUACAUCGAAGAGACAUCAGCAACGGGCAGGAAAACAUGGGACAUCUUCUCCAAGCUUCUACAGCAACGAAUAAUAUGCUUGAAUGGCGAAAUCGACGACUACAUGUCCGCCUCAAUAGUCGCCCAGCUCCUCUGGCUGGAAUCAGACGCUCCCGACAAGCCGAUUACGAUGUAUAUCAAUUCGCCAGGUGGCUCCGUUACAUCAGGCAUGGCGAUAUACGACACGAUGACUUACAUCUCAUCCCCCGUCGCGACCGUGUGCAUCGGAGGUGCGGCGUCCAUGGCAGCCAUCCUGCUGGCCGGUGGCGCGGCCGGCCAACGGUGUGCUCUCCCACACAGCUCCAUCAUGAUCCAUCAGCCGCUGGGCGGCACCCGAGGGCAGGCAUCGGACAUUUUGAUCUACGCGAACCAGAUACAAAGGAUACGGGAGCAGUCCAACCAAAUCAUGCGCUACCACUUGAACAAGGCCAAGGGAUUCGACAAGUAUAGCCUGGAAGAGAUUAACGAUCUCAUGGAAAGGGACAAGUAUCUGACCGUGGCGGAGGCACUCGAGCUGGGUGUCAUUGACCAGGUGUUUACGAGGAGGAAGGACAGGGAGGAGCCAAAGAAGGAGGAGGAGGAGAGGAAUUAA